AUGUCGAGAUCUGAUCGGGCAUCGGAUAGCCCGAGCUCGGAUCGGCAAGCCUCUGCGCUGAUCCGCCAGCCCGAGUUCUCAUGCGUUCGUUGGAGCUCUGAACUUCGAUGCUUCGACAUGUCGAGAUCUGAUCGGGCAUCGGAUAGCCCGAGCUCGGAUCGGCGAGCCUCUGCUCUGAUCCGCAAGCCCGAGUUCUCAUGCGUUCGUUGGAGCUCUGAACUUCGAUGCUUCGACAUGUCGAGAUCUGAUCGGGCAUCGGAUAGCCCGAGCUCGGAUCGGCAAGCCUCUGCUCUGAUCCGCAAGCCCGAGUUCUCAUGCGUUGGUUGGAGCUCUGAUGCGUCCGAUGGAGCUCUGAACUUCGAUGCUUCGACAUGUCGAGAUCUGACCGGGCAUCGGAUAGCCCGAGCUCGGAUCGGCAAAUCUGAUCGGGCAUCGGAUAGCCCGAGCUCGGAUCGGCAAGCCUCUGCGCUGAUCCGCCAGCCCGAGUUCUCAUGCGUUCGUUGGAGCUCUGAACUUCGAUGCUUCGACAUGUCGAGAUCUGAUCGGGCAUCGGAUAGCCCGAGCUCGGAUCGGCGAGCCUCUGCUCUGAUCCGCAAGCCCGAGUUCUCAUGCGUUCGUUGGAGCUCUGAACUUCGAUGCUUCGACAUGUCGAGAUCUGAUCGGGCAUCGGAUAGCCCGAGCUCAGAUCGGCAAGCCUCUGCGCUGAUCCGCCAGCCCGAGUUCUCAUGCGUUGGUUGGAGCUCUGAUGCGUCCGGUGGAGCUCUGAACUUCGAUGCUUCGUCAUGUCGAGAUCUGAUCGGGCAUCGGAUAGCCCGAGCUCGGAUCGGCAAGCCUCUGCUCUGA